CCCAGGGAGCCAGACAUUCAAUUCCCGGAGAAUCUUCUGGUUCAUUUGGAGACGCCACAGCAGCACCUCAAAAGGUUCAAGGCGGAGCUGGUUCCUCUUGAAAGCGGGCCUUACUCCGACAUAUAUAUUACCUUGUCAAAGGCGCUUCAUCACGGAAGCAACACCUAUAGCAUCCUGUUGACUGCCGAUCAAGACAUCGUUUAUGAGGCUCUUAGACAAAGGUGUCACUCCUCCAGCCAACUGAGGAGUCAGAAAUAUGUUCUCCUUUGUGAUAACUCCCGAGACAUCAGACUGCCUUCCGGGCUUACGCUCCAGGACUUCUUACCUUCGCGGCCCCGAAGCAACAGCACUCCAAAGCGACGGGCAGUGGCUAUCGACCUGGCAUCACAUCCCGCGCCUUGCGGGAAGCCAAGUCUAGCAGGAACUGCCUUGCGAGCUGGCGCGCUGCUAGGGCCGAGCUAUGGGACUGUUUUUCGUGGUGUUGAAUUAUUUCGACGCGUUUGGGCGUUGAAAGACUUGAUGAAGGAGCUUGUGAAGGUCCAUAUUCAGAGCCAUGGCCGGCAAGGACAUGACUGCGUUGAGGAUACGUUGGCAACGCGCGAGCUGGCACUUUGGUGUCUUCAGAAUCCGCGGAAGCUCGAGGCAUGGGGUUAG